AUGAAUGAAUUGUCAAAGUUUAGUCAUCUUUAUAACAUGGUUCAUAUUGAUGAAAAAUGGUUUUUCAUGAACAAAAUCACACAAAGAUUCUACUUGUUAUCAGAAGAAGAGGACCCAUAUAGAGCAUGCCAAUCAAAAGCAUCCAUUACAAAAGUUAUGUUCUUAACUAUCAUAGCAAGACCAAGGUUAGGGCCAACAGGGGACAUAAUAUGGGAUGGGAAGUUUGGUAUCUUCCCCUUCAUAGAUGAGGUUGCAGCACAAAGGUGGUCAGCUAACAGACCAGCAGGUACAAUUGAGAAGAAGGCAAAGCAAAGUAUUACAAAGGAAACCAUAAGAGAAAUGAUAAUCAACAAGCUUCUGCCAGCAAUUAGAGCAAAAUGGCUAGAGAAUGGGUGCAAACAGAUAUGGAUUCAGCAGGACAAUGCUAGACCCCAUAUCCAACCUAAUGAUGCUGAGUUUUUGGAAGCAUCUAGACAAGGUGGUUUUGAAAUUAACAUAAUCUGCCUACCAGCCCAGUCACCUGACCUUAAUGUACUCGAUUUGGGUUUUUUUAAAGCCAUUCAAUCAAUUCAACAUUAG